AUGUUCUCCAAAAACCUCAUCCUCGCUGCUGCCCUCGUGGGACAAGCUUACGGUUUGACCAUCAACACUCCUCCCUCCCUCGUUCAAUGUCAACCCGCCUCCAUCACUUUCUCUGAGGGAACCGCUCCUUACAUUCUUGCCGUUAUCCCUGGUGGUCAAGUUUCAGCUGCUGCCAUCGAGACCAUCGAUGACAACCUCACCUCAUCCCCCAUCACUUGGAACGUCAACCUUGCUUCUGGUACUUCCAUCACCUUGAAGAUAACUGAUUCUACGGGAACCAUCGCCUACUCUUCCCCUCUUACCAUCCAAGCCGGUUCUUCCAGCUCCUGUUUGAACACUACCGCCGCUACCAGCGGUGUCUCCACUGGUGCCGUCACCACUACCGUUUCUUCCUCUGGAACCGCUAGUGCCGUCUCCAACGCCGUCUCUACCACUUCAACUACCUCCGCUGCCGGCUCUGCCUCUGCUUCUACCAGCCGAGCUGCCUCUGCCGCCUCCUCAGCCGCUGGUUCUGCCACCUCCGCUGCCGGUUCCGUCACUUCCGCCGCUGGUUCUGCUGUCGGUUCUGCUACCUCCGCUGCCGCCUCAGCCGCUGCUUCAGCCGCCGGUUCCGGUGCUCUUGCCAACAAGGUUGUCGCUCUUCCCGCUGUUGCCCUCGCCGUCGUUGGUGGUCUCGCCUUACUCCUUUAA